CAGGUGGUCUUCUAGAAGAUGACCAUAGAAGACCUUCCAGAUUUCCCAUUAGAAGGAAGCUCUCUGAUUGGAAGAUACCCAUUUCUAUUUCCAGGUUCAGAUACACCGGUCAUCUUUUCCAUUUCAGCAGCACCAAUGCCUUCAGACUGUGAGUUUUCUUUCUUUGAUCCUAAUGAUGCAUCAUGCCAGGAAAUUCUCUUUGAUCCCAAAACUUCAGUCUCAGAAUUAUUUGCCAUUUUAAGGCAAUGGGUUCCUCAAGUCCAGCAAAACAUUGACAUUAUUGGAAAUGAGAUUCUUAAGAGAGGCUGCAAUGUGAAUGACAGAGAUGGACUGACAGACAUGACUUUGUUACAUUAUACUUGCAAGUCUGGAGCUCAUGGUAUUGGUGAUGUUGAGACAGCUGUAAAAUUUGCAGUUCAACUUAUUGACCUGGGAGCAGACGCUAGUUUGCGGAGCCGCUGGACAAAUAUGAAUGCUUUGCAUUAUGCUGCUUACUUUGAUGUCCCUGAACUUAUAAGAGUGAUUUUGAAGACAUCGAAACCAAAAGAUGUGGAUGCCACUUGCAGUGACUUCAGUUUUGGAACAGCUCUGCAUAUUGCAGCAUAUAACUUAUGCUCAGGAGCUGUGAAAAGCUUACUGGAACAUGGAGCAAAUCCUGCAUUUAGGAAUGACAAAGGACAGAUUCCUGCGGAUGUUGUUCCAGACCCUGUGGAUAUGCCUCUAGAGAUGGCCGAUGCUGCAGCAACUGCCAAAGAAAUCAAGCAGAUGCUCUUGGACGCAGUGCCUCUGUCCUGUACCCUCUCAAAGGCCAUGCUUCAAAACUGUGACCACGUUACCAGCAAGGCCAUGUUGGCAUCUCUUGGCUUGAAGUUGGGGGACCGUGUUAUCAUCGCAGGACAGAAGGUUGGGACAUUAAGGUUUUGUGGAACAACCGAAUUUGCAAGUGGGCAGUGGGCUGGCAUUGAACUGGAUGAACCUGAAGGCAAAAACAAUGGAAGCGUUGGGAAGGUUCAGUACUUCAAGUGUGCACCCAAGUAUGGUAUUUUUGCACCUCUUUCAAAGAUAAGUAAAGCGAAAGAUAGAAGAAAGACUCUAACACACACGCCUUCUACAAAAGCAGCACCCCUCAUCCGGUCCCAGAAGGUUGAUGUAGCUCACAUCACAUCAAAAGUGAAUUCUGGAUUAAUGACAUCAAAAAAAGAGAGUGCUUCCGAGUCCUCGCUUGCAUUGCCUCCCAGUGAAGAACCAAGAGCUGCAGCAGAGAAAGAUGUUACCCAGCAUGGAUCUAUCAGCAGCUCCUCCUCCACAUCUUCUCUUGAGCGCAAGGAGAGCUACCCUAAGAAACUGAACACAAGCAGCCAUGGCACGAAGACCAUGAGCAAAAGCCCCUCUCUCUCGUCCAGAGCCAGUGCUGGUUUGAAUUCUUCAGCAACAUCUGUAGCAAAUAGUACCCGCCAGGAAGGAGAGCUCCACCUUGGAGAAAGAGUGCUGGUGGUAGGCCAGAGAGUAGGGACCAUUAAGUUCUUUGGGACAACAAACUUUGCUCCAGGGUACUGGUAUGGUAUAGAGCUUGAAAAACCCCAUGGCAAGAAUGAUGGUUCAGUUGGAGGUGUGCAAUAUUUCAGUUGUUCUCCAAGAUAUGGAAUAUUUGCUCCCCCAUCCAGGGUGCAGAGACUAACAGAUUCCCUGGAUACACUUUCAGAAAUUUCUUCAAAUAAACAGAAUCGUUCAUAUCCUGGUUUUAGAAGAAGUUUCAGCACAACUUCUGCUUCUUCCCGAAAAGAGAUUAACAGGAGAAAUGCUUUUGCCAAGUCAAAGACUGCUCUACGCCGAAGCUGGAGCAGUGCCACCACAGGUGGCCUGGAGGGGACUGCAAAACUGCAUGAGGGGUCUCAGGUCCUGCUCACCAGCUCUAAUGAGAUGGCUACCGUUAGGUACCUGGGCCCCACGGACUUUGCCUCAGGCAUCUGGCUUGGACUGGAGCUCCGAAGUGCCAAGGGGAAAAAUGACGGUGCUGUGGGUGACAAACGCUAUUUCACCUGUAAGCCAAACCAUGGAGUCUUGGUUAGACCAAGUAGAGUGACCUACCGAGGGAUUAAUGGGUCAAAGCUUGUUGAUGAGAAUUGCUGAGUUAAACCAAGACAUUUAAUGAGUUCAUAUGUAUACUUAACAUGUACUUGAUGUAAAAUAGGAUCUACGGUAAAAGGUUUAAGUAUUUAAAAAUGGAAAAUAUAGUUAUCUUCAUAAACAUAAUAAUUGAAAGAGUCCAAAGGCCACAAAUAUGAACUCUGGGGAAUCAUGGUUCUUUAAAAAUAAUUUCAAGGGAAGCACUUUUAAAAAUUAGGUCCCAAGAAAAUUCUGGGGCUCAAAAAAAUGAAUGUGCUGUUAGGUGAUGUGCGAUGCUUUGCUUUCUCAUUCCGUUUCAGCUUUGCACGUGAUGUUGGGUUUCCCAUAGUGCCAUAGUCAUGAUGGUUCUCGCUAGCUCCAUUUAACAUAAAAUUCACACGACCCUUUUCUGUCCGAGUGCUUUAGGAAUUUUUCGUUCUGUCUGCAGUUUAUUACUAAAAGGUAACUUAAGAGAACAGUAUCUGGAUGACUGGUGUAACUUUUGUAUUUUUGGUAAACUCACUUGCCCUUUCAGAAAAGCCUCCUGUAAGCUCUUAGGACCUGGGAAAUGGAUGCUGGGAAGUGCAGGCUUUGGGUGCUGUGUGGCCCUGCUUCUUGCCCAUUGCUAGACACGGAAAUGAGUUGCUUUGAUCAGAGCCGCUGAUUAGUUGCUUUACAGAGCUAAGAAGGAGCAUAGGUUUCCUGACUUGUGGCUCAGUGCUCUUUGCUCUGUACAGAUGUGGGCUCAGAUUUUCCUGCUGCUGCCAGACUUGCCUCAUCAGUGUGAACUACAAGAGGCCUGCAAUUAAGAUUUAAGAACUCAAGGCAAAAUUUUUUGCACAUGCUUAUUUAAUGUCUUUAUUGGAUGUAUCUAAUACAUACAAAGCACUUUUAAAACAUGAUGCACUUUCUUUUUUUUUGAGAAUUUGCCAUCAUUUCCUCCUGGGCUAUGAAACUUUUUAAAGAAGUAUUUCACAGAAGAGAGCAAAUUAAGGUCAGUUAGGAGGGUGUCUUAGUUCAUUUGAAUGUUGGUGGUUUCUGGGCUUUUGGGUGUUGUGCUGUGUGUUUUGUCCCCUUUGGCUGUGGAGCUGAGUCUGGUGCACAGCUGCCGAGUGGGCCAGCGCUUUGGUUUCUUUCUUGAGCACAUUAAAGCGAGGCUCUGCAACGGUGAUAUAAUAGUGCCACACAUUUGUCUUGUGGAUAUGUACUGGAGCUUCUGUCCUGUAUGUGCAAUGAUUUAUCCUUUAUUGUAAAUAUUUAGACUAAAAACUACUGCAGAAAUAUUGAACAGUUUGGUUUAUGAAAUUAAAAGUAUCCUUCCUCUAAUGGAAUUUGCUUUGUGCUUAGACAUAUAAUAUGCUGAACUAUUUUGCAAUAUACAAUUUAAAAUCUAAAUCCUGUCAUUUUGUUGCCUUUUUUUUAAGUAUGGUAUUUCAAAUAGAGUUAUUUUCCUGAAAUACAUUUGCAAACUGAGGCUGCUUUAUAAUCAAGGAAUAUUUUUAUUGAUUGAAGAAAAUGACUGCUGCCAUUAAAAAGUGAAUUUAUUUUAUUAUAUAAAUUAUUUCUUUAAAACUAUUUGUACCUUAGCAUGAAAUCCAUGGAUAUACUGAACCUAGGUAUCUAUAAUUCUUCCUGUUAACUAUUAAAAACUGUAUGUUAGAAACAGUAAUGCUGACACGGAACUUAAUUUUGACAUCAAAGAACCGAUUGUGCUCUUGAUGUUUAGAUUAGGAUUAUUAACUCCAUAAUGGUUUAUAUGCUUGCAAAUACUAUACAUGCAAGAUAGGUGUUUUCGUUUGUUUUGCUCAUUAAAUGUCACUCAGAUUCACUUCUUGAACAUUAAUAAAAAGGAAAGCUGUUGGU